AUGGGUCCGAAGAAGUUAGCCAGAGACGCUGAUGGCGAAGAGCAAUAUGGCUCCAUUUACUCGGUCUCCGGGCCCGUCGUUGUAGCAGAGAACAUGAUCGGAGUUGCUAUGUACGAAUUGGUCCGCGUCGGCCAUGAUAACCUCGUCGGUGAGGUCAUUCGAAUUGAAGGAGACAGAGCGACAAUCCAGGUGUACGAGGAAACAGCUGGUGUAACUGUCGGAGAUCCUGUCCUGCGAACCGGAAAGCCCCUAUCCGUCGAAUUAGGACCUGGUUUGAUGGAAACAAUCUACGAUGGUAUUCAACGUCCCCUCAAAUCGAUUGCGGAAUCGUCAAACAGCAUCUACAUUCCCCGUGGUAUUUCUGCCCCCUCGUUGAAUCGAGAGAAGAGCUGGGACUUCAAACCGACAAUGAAGGUCGGGGACCAUAUCACUGGUGGAGAUAUCUGGGGUACCGUCUACGAAAACUCUCUCUUGGACGACCACAAGAUUCUCCUGCCACCACGAGCAAGGGGUACCAUCACCCGAAUUGCGGAGGCAGGAAGUUACAAGGUCGACGAGAAGAUUCUAGAGGUCGAGUUUGACGGCAAGAAGACCGAGUACAGCAUGAUGCACACCUGGCCAGUUCGUGUACCUCGCCCGACAACUGAAAAGCUUGCGGCGGACAAGCCUUUCAUUGUCGGACAGAGAGUCUUGGAUGCGCUCUUCCCCAGUGUCCAGGGAGGUACUGUUGCUAUUCCAGGUGCUUUCGGUUGCGGAAAGACUGUCAUCUCUCAGUCUGUGUCCAAGUUCUCAAACAGUGAUAUCAUUAUCUACGUUGGAUGUGGAGAGCGUGGAAAUGAGAUGGCUGAAGUCUUAAUGGACUUCCCUGAGCUCUCGAUUGAUGUCGAUGGACGAAAGGAGCCGAUCAUGAAGCGUACAACUCUUAUCGCGAACACUUCCAACAUGCCCGUGGCUGCCCGUGAAGCUUCCAUCUACACUGGAAUUACUGUCUCAGAAUACUUCCGUGAUCAAGGGAAGGACGUCGCCAUGAUGGCUGACUCCACAUCUCGAUGGGCUGAGGCUCUUCGUGAGAUUUCCGGUCGUUUGGGAGAAAUGCCUGCUGAUCAAGGUUUCCCUGCCUAUCUGGGUGCCAAGCUGGCCAGUUUCUACGAGCGUGCUGGCAAGGUGCAAUGCCUUGGUAGCCCGAAUCGCGAGGGCAGUGUUAGCAUUGUCGGUGCCGUCAGCCCUCCUGGUGGUGAUUUCUCGGAUCCUGUUACUAGCAGUACAUUGGGUAUUGUGCAGGUCUUCUGGGGUCUCGACAAGAAACUCGCCCAACGUAAACACUUCCCCUCGAUCAACACAUCCGUCAGUUACAGCAAAUAUACCGGUGUCCUAGAUAAAUAUUACGAGAAGGACUUCCCCGAAUUCCCAAGGCUCCGAGACCGUAUCAAGCAGCUCUUGUCUGAUUCGGAAGAAUUGGACCAGGUCGUACAACUGGUCGGAAAAUCCGCACUGUCCGAUCCUGAUAAGAUCACCUUGGAUGUGGCUGCCAUGAUCAAGGAAGACUUCUUGCAACAGAAUGGAUACAGUGACUACGAUCAAUUCUGCCCCAUCUGGAAGACCGAGUGGAUGAUGAAGGCCAUGAUGGGCUUCCACGACGAGGCUCAAAAAGCAGUCGCCCAAGGUCAAAGCUGGAACAAGAUCCGAGAGGCAACUAGCGAUUUGCAGUCGCAACUCCGAAGCAUGAAGUUCGAGGUGCCCAGCGAAGGAGAGGAGAAGAUCACGAAGAAGUACGAGGAGCUCGUCCAGGCCAUGACGGAUAAGUUUGCUUCCGUCGUUGAUGAGUAA